AUGGCAAAGGGCAUUCAAACCAUACAUCCCCUUUGCAGUUUUGCCUUUAAAAGACACAGGGUGAAAUCCAUUGGCUCCAGUAGAAGUGGUCCAGUCGUUUUUGAUGACUGCCCAGUAGAGGUAGACAUAGUAGUCCCAGAGGAGUCAUCAUUGAAAGCCCUGGUCACGUUCAGGGGCAGUUUUGUUUGCCACCGAUGGGAUCAGGUGAAAAGACGGCCGGUGCGAGGCAAUGAGAGAGAUGCCCUGUCCCAGAUCCUUGCCACCAAAAUGCCCAGGAGUGUCUUCCUUGACAGUAUUGAAAAGGUAGAUGACAUUGUAAUGGCAUCAGGGUGCAGGGACCAGGUCCCUGCAACUGGUGUCAUGAAAACAUUGUCAUGGAGUGAGAAAAAGAAAAGGAGAAGACAUAAAAAUGAAUUCCUCAGCCUACUUAGGAUGCUCAAAGAAGAGGAGGAUGACCCUGAAAAUAGAGUGCUACAGAAAAUCAGCCUACAUCCAAAAGGUGUAAUGCUCUUUUCUUCCAAAACACUCAAUGUCGUCUUUGAAAGAUGCAAAGACGACAUUGUUUAUAUUGACGCAACGGGCAGCAUUGUGGUUAAGGGCAAAGGCCAGACAGCACCCUUUUAUGUAUAUGAGGUGGUUGUUCGCCACCCAUCAAAUGGAUCUUCCCCUCUCCCUGUAGCCACAUUCGUGACAAGUGACCACACCACAACUUCUAUAUCAUAUUUCUUGGGGUCAGUGGUCACUGGACUAAUGAAACAGCAUGGCCCAAAAGCCAAAACCAGACCGGUCAUGUUCAUCUGUGAUGGUUCAGUGGUCCUUCUACAAUCACUCACAAUCAAUUUCUGUGGAGUAAGUCUGCAGGAACUCCUCACCAGAUACUACAUGAUUGUGAGUGGUCAGGCAAAAGAGGAUGCCAUCAGCCUUCCAAUCAUCCAUAGAUGCCUAAGUCAUGUCAUGAAAAAUGCCAAAGAACUUUGCAAAAAACAUGCCACCAAACAUUACAAGUUGGCUAUGCAUGUUUUUGGAUGUAUGACCCAAGCAUCAACCCUGAGGGAACUGGAUGAACUUGUCCUCAGUACCAAUGUGGUAUUCUCCAGUUCCCACAGUGGAGACAAUGUCAGCAAGCAUUUUGAAAACAUCCAAAUGCUGCUCACAAAGAAUAGACCAUGUCCUGAGGACUCUUCACUUACAAGCCAGGGCUAUGAGAACGACGUGGGGCCAACACCCUUUCAACAACACUUCGAGGAAGUGAUUGGGAGGGAAAAUCUGGACCAAGAGGGUGAUGAAAACACGUACUUCAGUCCAACGUUCAUCCCUACCUUGAUGCGAUACUUUCUUCCUCAGGCUGCCCUGUGGUGUGGAUUACUCCUAGGGGAUUUGGGUCGUCAUGGAACAGGCCCAGUUUACGACAGCCUGAGCAAAAAGUAUAGGAAAGCUGCCAGUAAAUCGACACAGAAUUACACCCAGGAUAACAAUACCCAAGGUAUUAUGGAAAAGAGCCAAUGGGAUCUCAAACAAAUCCGGUUCCAGAGGAAGAAAAUGGCAAGGCUUGAUGACUUUGUAGGCGCAUACAAAGUCACUCUCAAGGCCCUCUUGAGGGAGUAUGCCGACUCCAAAAGGAGAAAGAAGAAGACGCGUCGGGUGGAUGUGGAACGGUGGAAGAGUAGAACCCAAAGAAAAAGAGGGGUUUAUGUGUCGAAACUUUCAAAGCCUUUUGUCUUUAAACAAAAGAAGAAUGAGGGAAAAUUGAUCAGAAAACAUAAAAAAACAUCUGAAAAUCGUUCUCCAUCUCAGAGUCCCCAAGGCAAAAUACAACCUCCAUCUUCACCGGUCAGUGACACUGCAGAAGAUCUCGAAUCACAAGUCACAAAACUGUGGAAAAAAAGAGACACAGAAGUGGUUAUUUCUGUGGUGCCCUCUCAAAUUACAGGGCACAACUUUGUAAUUCACCACAGUGAGUUCAGAACACUGAGGCCUCACCAGUGGCUUGUAGGCGAGGUCAUUGAAAGCAUCCUUCACCACACUGCCACUAAACUGAACUUGGGGAGCACCAUUUACGUUCUGAACCACUAUGUGGCUGGGAUAAUCCUCUUUGGCAAGAGAGAGGAUGUCAGGCGACACAGUUUGUCUAAGAUCAACUUUGAUAAAUAUAAGGCUAUUGUGUCCUUUGUUAACAUAAGUGAUAUUCACUGGAAACUUCUGUACAUCAGUGCUGCAGAUAGUUCUGUCUAUCUGGUCGAUCCCGCACACAGCACAACUGAGCAGGCGGACUCAGAUGAUGCAGCAAACAGAUUGUGCAAGUACUUCAAAAUGAGGAGGACUUGUCACGGAAAGAGUGACUGGGUAAAUAUCAAGUGGAAAGGUGAUGUUCUAAAACACCCAAUCCAAAGAGAUGGGUCCAGCUGUGGGGUAAUUGUCAUCAAGAUGGCAAAGGCAGUCAUGGAGGCUUUUCCUAAAAGAGCAAAGAUGACCUUUGGGACAGCUCCAGACGAGAUGGCAGAGGAAAGGAAACAGGUGGCGAUUGAAGUUCUGCAAGCCUCAGUGUUUAACAUAGACACCAGCUGUGCCAUGUGUGCAGCAGUGAAACCACCACUUCCAGGGCCUGCCUUCACAAACUGGAUACAGUGUGACACAUGUUGCCGGUGGUUCCAUGUGGAGUGCCUGAACAUGGACUCUGCAACACUUCAGCAGGCAAAAGCUGGUGACUGGAACUGGGAAAUUUGCUAG